GUAUGGGUUAAAUCUACAUCGUCAAAUGUUUAUUUAAUUCAGAUGGAGGCUCCACUACGGUGGCUUGCUGAGGGUUAUCAACUUAUUCUCUAUGGGUUUCCUUCCGUUCCCGGCCUCCUCUAUCAAACUUGGAAAGCACCCUUCCCAAUCAGCCGCCGACGCCAGCUCCUCCUGGUUCGCGACUGUGGGGUGUUCGCUACAUUUCCUGUCGAUUCAUGUUUAUUUGCAUGUUUCAAUCGACUCUCCUGCGCAUCCAGCGGUUUCCGAGCCGCUGAGAUCGAGAAAAAAAAAUAGUUAACUAGUUACCUGGAAUUGCUGUAGAAUUAGAUCAGAAGAUAAUUGUAAAUUUUGCAUGUGUGAAAUUUGGUAUGUCCAAGCUUAUAAUUUGAGCACCGAUGCCAGAUGAUGCUCAAGCAAAAUUUUCAUGCACACG